CUGUAGUCCUCUCCAGUCUCCUGUGUGCGGUGGCCCGGCGGACGCUCCGGCUCCGGCGGUGACGAGGCCCUGUGCUGCAGUCCACGUCCGCAGCGUGCGGCGGACAGACAGGGCCGCUGGUCCAAUCAAAGCGCUCGACAUAUUGAGGUUGCCAAAUCAAAGCCAAAGAGGAGGCGCCGGCGACGUCGUCGUCGGAAUGACGUCAUGCACAAACAGCUGGUCGCUGGCAGAUAAUCAGAAAAAAUGUAGACCAGCAGAGCGCCUGAGACCUGCAGCCGGGCUGGAGCCCUCCUCACAACGCGUACGGCUUUUAACGAUGUUGCAGCUGGAGCGUCGGGGCUCGGGAUGUAGCCCUCCGAGGCUCCUCUUGCUUGUUUACACCUUUUUCUGCGCUGUUGGAGAUUGCCUUUUUGUGACCGAUUACUUCACCCGUACGCCUCGUAAGCUAAAUGCUUUCAACUCCUUCGCCAGUGUGGAGCUGUUCCACUUCAAUGUGCCUGAAGACACAAUGAUGGCCGUUUGGAACCUCAUCACCUUCAAGGAGCAAGGGGGCACGUUUGGAGACAGCUGCCCAAACCGCAAUGUGACAGUGUAUUUCAGGUCAGGAGCUCCUCCGGUGAUCAACCCCCUUUACACCCGCUUCCCUCGGGAUACGGUUGUCCCGGGGUCCUUCGCCGUGACCCUGACCUGGACUCUUCCAAACCGAACAACCGGAGCGUUCAAUGUGACUAGCCCUCUCCCAGGAGACUGGUUCUUAGCCGCACAUUUACCCAAGGAUGAGGGCAAGAUCUCAGUCAAGGGUUUGUCUGAGGAAUGCCAGUAUUUGUUCCAACCACAGCUCAUUGUCCAGAAGUUGAUUGGAAUUUCGGUGCUUUAUCCUGGAUACUUCAUUGACCAGAUGAUCCCAAUCCAUAACAGAUCAGCACUUUACAAGGUUUUCAUCCCCAAUUACAUAUCAAAGGUGAAGGUUCAGCUGGUAAACUGCAGCACCAAAAACAAAAGCAGCGACACCUGUCCCGUGGUGCUGAAGAUGAGAGCGCGGGCGCCGCCGGUGCACAACUCGAGUGCCCUCGACUGCAGGGAGUGGAACCCGUGUGAAUUAGUUACCCUCGUACCUGCCUGGGAGCAAUGGUGCUACAUCCUCGUGGAGAGGUAUCUGAGUAACUCAGACGUCUACUUUCGCAUCGGUGUGCAAGUCACAGAUUGCUCCAAACCCAGCUCAUCGAAGGACCGAGCACAGUACAGCUCGUCCAUGAACAUGCCUCAGUCUUUUGGAACAGCAAUGGGCUUCUCUCUGUCAGACACGCUGCUGAUGGCAUCACUGCCUGGCUUGUCUCAGAACGCUAGUCACCUGCACACCUCAGAGGACAGCAUCAUUUACCUCGCCCCCACAGCAGACACGAACAAAUGCUGGCCCAUUCGCCCCACCCUGCGUAACGAGCUGGAUACCUUCUCUGUGCACUUCUAUGUCUUCUUUGGUCCAAACAUAUCCAUUCCACCUGACCGGGCCGCUGUGUUCGCCAUCAACUUGAUGCCUGUUUUAGACAGCGGAGGGGUCCUCAAUAUGGAGCUCAAAUUAAACCUGUCUACGCUGAAAGGAGCAAAUCUGACUGUGUUUGGCUGCCUUAAUCACGGAAUGCCUCUCUUCUUGAGAGAAAAUUCAUCGCUAAAAUGUGACUCAGAAUCAGUUGCUGGAUUUUUCCUCUCUGUCAACGUGUCCUCUAAUAUUACCAAACUGAGAAUUCCCUACCCACAAACAGGAACCUGGUACCUCAGUCUGCGCUCCUUAUGUGCCACUGAACACGGGUUUGAAGCAUGCACCAAUGUAACGGCAGAGGUGUAUAUGCGUGCAUACCUUACUCCAUGCAUCAAUGACUGCGGGACAUAUGGACAGUGCAAGCUCCUGCGAACCAACAACUACCUUUAUGCUGCAUGUGAAUGCAAAGCAGGCUGGAAUGGUUGGGGCUGCACCGACAACUCCGAAGCCUAUUCUUACAGCUUCCAGCUCCUCUCCACCCUCCUGCUCUGUCUCAGCAACCUGAUGUUCGUCCCGCCUGUGGCCAUCGCCAUUCGAAGCCACUACCUGCUGGAGGCUUCAGUCUACAUCUUCACCAUGUUUUUCUCCACUUUUUACCAUGCAUGUGACCAGCCUGGUAUCGUGGUCUUUUGCAUCAUGGAGUAUGACGUUCUGCAAUUUUGUGACUUCCUUGGGUCCCUUAUGUCAGUGUGGGUCACAGUUAUUGCUAUGGCAAGGCUAAAAUCCAUCAUCAAACAGGUGCUGUAUCUGCUGGGGGCGAUGUCUCUGUCCAUGGCUCUGCAGCUGGACCGUCACGGUCUGUGGAACCUGCUGGGACCUAGCCUGUUCGCGCUGGGCAUAAUGGCUGUAGCAUGGACUGUGCGCACCAUCCGCCGCCGGCGCUGCUACCCUCCCACGUGGAAGCGCUGGGUCUUCUUCCUGUUCCCCGGCACCAUGAUCGCCACAUCUGCUGUGGCUCUGUACGCCUUCGUGGAGACGGAGGAGAACUACUUCUACAUCCACAGCAUUUGGCACAUGCUGAUCGCAGGGAGCGUGGGCUUCCUUUUGCCACCUCGCGCCAAGCCAGACGCCAAGGUGACCCCGCUGAAGCGCAAGCGGGGCUGCGGAUAUCAGCUGUGCGUGAACGAACACGAGGAACUGGGCCUGGUGGACCCAGGCAUCAUAACCAUCAAUAGCAUCUGUACCAGCUGAUAAACUCCACAUUCACUACUUUUUACCUUAGAGACACUUCAUUGCCUUCUUUUACUGCAGAAAUUCACACAUGGAAAUGAAGCCACAGAACUUUAAAAAAGGAAGAAGAAAAAAAUGUAAAUACUUAAAUCCUAAUGUGACACUGAAAUUUCUUUUUCUGUUGUAAUGGUCAUGGUAAUUAUGAUCAGUAUGUAAUUAUUAUCUAUAGUUGAAGUUCUGAUGAUUUGUGGGUGUAUAGUGACACAGUGUUGCUUGUGGAUAUGUAUUUAAAGUCAAAGCUGAAACACUGCUGCUAUCUGACGGUGACUGUAAAUCUGCUUCUGUUGGUUAUUUAUUGCUGGUCUUGUAAGCAGGCCAAGAACUAUAGUGUGGGAAGGUACGGGUUGCUGUUAACGUGGACAUAGAUGGACGUUUACCAAGGGCACGGCUUUUCUGAAAUUCUUUUAAGAUAUAUCUUUUGCACUGAGACACAAAAAUAUUAGUCUGUACAUUUUUAUAACAACAAUGGGCAUCACAAAUGUAAAACCUAGCUGUUAUGUGGAAUGUUAGACUGUCUUUUGCAAAUGCAAUGUAUCACUUUUACACGAAUGUGCUGAGUGUUCUUAGAGGAAAAAAACCCCCAGACCUCCUGAAAGAGAAGAGAAAAGGCAGGAAUACCUAAAAUGAUAGAUUUUUAUUAUUUUAUCUUUUUUAAAUGAGGUUGUAAGGUGUAUUUGUCAGCAUCUUACCAACAGCUAAAUGCAUUCUGAGUCACCUCAGUUGGAGAAUUACUGAAAAAUUUUCUUAGAAGAGGAAAAGCCUUUAUGGUCAUUUUUUUCAUCAGUUCUGAUUCUGACAGAGUGAAAAAUAUUUUUUUCACACUGUCACACUUACAUAUUUACCUAGGAUUCAGAUUUGUAAUCAUGUGAUACUGCAGCAUCUGUAGACAUAAUGUCGUAAUUAUUGUUUGGACAUGCCACAAGUGUCACAACUCUGACCUUCAAUCUAUACAGCAUAUUUUCACCACUGCAAAGGAAUUGAUAUAUAUUGUACACCAGUGAUACAGCAAUGGCAAGAUAACAUUACUAAAUGUUACAUGAUGCAGACACUCUGUCUGCACUGAUGGUUUAACUUUGUCAUGUUGAAUACUUACGGUUACGGACACAGCAGGGAACUUGGACCAAUGUUCUAAUGAAUUCAUUAAAUCUUUGAUCAGCAGUAAAGCAUUACAUUUUCACCAAGAUAGUCAUGGCAUUUAGUAUGGGGAAAAAUCCUAUAACACAAUAUAACUUGCUCUACCCUAAAUUGGAAAUUGAUUUGGCACAUUUCAUCAAUACACAUGGAAUAUUUGUAAUGGGCCAUUACACAAGUGAUACAUGACUUAUAUAUUACACCAGACUUUACAUUUCACAGAAUGCAUUUUAUUACUUCACAUUUCAAUCCAGAUAAAAAAUGGUCAAAAUUCAUUUCAAAAUGAGAAACAGCGCAGCAGCACAACAACCUAUAGGCACUCCUCUUAUUAUCCCGUUGAGACUCAUGUGGCUACACAUGAAUUUGAUGGAAUUUGGUAGAAUUGAAAACUAUACUGUUAACAAUUCAGAUGAAAUGUUAACAAUACAGAAAGCAUUUUUUUCUAUAAAGGCAGGGAAAUUAAAUAUGUGAGUCCAUUGGAGUCUCAUGGGGCACUUUUGGCCAUGAAUGUUUCCAGAGGGAAUAUCUGGCACCACAUAAAAAUGCUAAAGCAGUCAAACAAUUUUGUUACUGCUUUUUCAUGUUUCCAGAACUCUAAUUACCACAUAAGUCUGGUGCCCUGCACAUUUAUUUAUUGGAGAAUAAUUAACUUUUUAAACAGUUUUGUUUUGUAAUCAACAAGAAUCCGUAUAAUCAGUGACUUUUAAGUUUGUAAAAUUCUGACCACAAUUUAAUGUUUGAUAAAUAGUUUAGUAAAUUUAUGAUACAGUUGUAUCACAGUAUAAGGUUUUGUUUUCCAAGGAGUUCAGACAUGCAUUAACAGUAUAAAAGGCAUAUUAGAAUGAAAAAAAUACUGGAUUACAAAAAUGUUAUCAAAAAGAAAAAGUCCAAAUAUUCAAGUCAAAAUACUACUUUUCUGGAAAUUUGUUAAAAUUGUGUUUCUUAAAAUUUGCAUUGCUUUUUUACUCAUUCAAGCAGAGAAAAUAUCCCUUGGUAUAUUCCAGAUAUAAUUCUAAUCAGUUUAUCCAGCAUUGUUUUUUUAUUUUAUUUUCAUCCUAUCAGACAUUGUGAACAAUCCUUUUUAUUGACGCUGCUGUUUCUUUGCAAAACUUUAUGCCACAAACACUUACACACAGGGGUGAAACAUGCAUUCUCAAGAAACUAUUUUAAAAAUGUAAGAAUUUGCAUUUGUAUUCAUAGUGGGAAUAUUCUCUGGAAAUCUUUCAGCCCAGCUCCCUCAUGAGAAUUUUAAGUCGAUUCUCCAAACUGAUAAUGACUUGUUUUUUGACCACUUAAGAUGAUGACUACUCUUACCUACUCCUCAAAGCAAUGCUUCAAAAACAACAGACUAUUCUUUUAAGAGACCUCAGACAUAGACCUUUCCUCGCCACUCUUUUUCUGACAGGACCUCUGUGACACCACAUUCAUGAACAAUAAAUGUUUUCUUUCUUUGCCUCGGUA